UUAAAUCAGUCAAAGUGCAGCUUCUUCUCUUAACGUUUAGGUAGUAGGGCAUCGGUGUUCGACGUAGACGCGACCAAAAGUUAAUUAGUGAAAGUGGCUAUCGGGGAGUCAUAUUACGACGUGCCCAAAAGAAUCAUGUCGGUCGAUAUCGAAAAUGGAACGGAAGAGAGCGAGGAGCAGGAGAAGGAGCAGGAGGUCCGAAAGACUUGGAAGUCUCGGCUCGUUUACCAUUGGCCCGUUGCGUUUAAAAUAUCGGAGCUGAUUUUGUCCGCGCUGUGUCUUGGUUUAAUCUACGAGCCGGUGGAUACGGUGGGAAUGGGCAACACUCGUCUCCAUCACAUCGGGGUGAUGUACACUGCGUACACUGGCUCCAUGGUGAUCAUUUUUGGAAUUCUUAUCGGCCGCUGCUUACGAGACCAGCUGGGAUACAGAACAUCGUUUGUGUUUUCGUGCUCCAGUGCCGCCCUAUUUUUAACAACGGGCGUACUUUUAACGGCCGACCGAGCGGAAUUGACGAAGGACCACUUUUUCCAUCCCUCCCGAUAUCUGCUCAACAUGAUGACGGCGGCUGUGGUGUUGACUUUUGUCAAUUGCGUCGUGUUCGCCGCAGAUGCCGUUGUCACCUUCAUCAGGCGACAAGAUUUUUAAGUUACCAACGUAUUUAAGACUAGGUUAAGUUGUAAAUUGAUCACACGUUAUCAGACAAAUGCCGUCCAGUAUAUUUGUACAGAAUCUUAUUUAAAGCAUUAACUGUAUAUAAUCAAUUAAUACAUAGCUACUAAU